GGAAACUCGGCGUUGGUGUUGAUGCCAUUCAGCACGGGGUAGAAGGACUGACCUAUCUUCUUGCUGAGAGCUCCAAGCUUAUGAUUUCUGAGAUAGACUUCCAAGAUUCCAUUCACGUUCUGGGAUUCUCAGAUGAAUUGAACAAAUUAUUGCUCCAGCUUUACCUUGAUAACAGGAAGGAGAUCAGAAGCAUUCUCAGUGAGCUGGCACCAAAGCUUCCCAGCUAUCACAGUCUUGAAUGGAGACUGGACGUGCAGCUUGCAAGCAGAAGUUUGAGACAACAAAUUAAGCCUGCUGUGACUCUAAAGCUACAUCUGAAUCAGAAUGAAGAUCAAACUGCCCAAGUGUUGCAAACCGACCCUUCCACCCUCCUCCACCUAAUUCAGCAACUGGAACAAGCUUUGGGGGAAAUGAAAACAAACCAUUGCAGGAGAAUAGUGCGCAACAUGAAAUAG